UUUUUUGGGUUGUAAUUUGUGUGUUGGUCGGACUCUGCACGCUAUUGCAAAGAUCAUGGCCACUUCUACACGCAGAGACCUAUUCCUGGUGGUAGCUACCUUGUUCACCGUGGGCCUUGCGGUUUACGUUGCCAAUGGCCACGAAAACUUGAAAGUUUCCGUCGGACUAUCCGUCAUCGCUGGAUUGAUCACUUCGCAAGUGCUUCCCAAAUUGAAACAGACCUUUGUCAAUGCUCGCUUGUCAGGCGUCGAUGUUCUCAAGAAAGAACGAUCCAUAAUUCCCGAAACCAUGGGGCUGCCUACAGCCAUCAUUUACCUGAUCACCCUGUUUGCGUUUAUGCCGUUUCCAUUCUUUGCCUGGUUCGAUGGCAAAGCUCGUCUGGUCCACGAAGAUGAUCCAAUGAUAGGUACUUUUCCUUACCAUAAGCUGGGUGAGAUACUGUCGGCUAUUCUUGCCAUCCAAUCCAUGGUGCUUCUGGGUUUCGCGGACGACGUCCUGGAUGUAAGGUGGCGAUAUAAAGUAUGGUUCCCUGCCAUUGCUGGAAUUCCCCUUUUGAUCUUCUACUACACGAAUUUCGGUGUGACCUAUGUUGUCAUGCCUAUCCAGCUGCGUCCCUACGUAGGUGACCUGGUGGACCUAGGGGUCCUUUAUUAUGUGUAUAUGGAGAUGUUGAUCAUCUUCUGCACGCAUACCAUCAAUAUUCUGGCCGGUAUUAAUGGGAUUGAAGCCGGUCAAGCUCUUAUUAUUGGUCUUUCUGUUAUUAUCAACGAUACACUAUUCAUUUUUGGAAAUGACGAUCGCGCAAGCGUUGAAGCCCAUCUGUUUAGCUUAUACCUUAUGAUUCCUUUCGUAGCGGUGACGCUUGCUCUUUUGUGGCAUAACUGGUUCCCUGCCAAAUUGUUUGUAGGAGAUACUUUCUGCUACUUUGCCGGUAUGACCUUGGCGGUGGUUGGCAUUUUGGGUCAUUUUUCAAAAACGUUGGUGUUGUUCUUUUUGCCUCAAAUUGUCAACUUUCUCUAUUCAUGCCCACAACUAUUCCGAUUCAUUGAGUGUCCGCGUCACCGUAUGCCACGUCUUGAUCCAGACACGGGACUUUUAAAAGCUUCCACCGUAAAGAUUGGCGGAAAAAAGCCAGUGUCCGCGCUUGGGAAGCUGAUGUUGAAGUUUUUGCGUGCUAUUGGGCUGUUGCGAGUAUACCAAUCCAAUGCUCAAGGCGAUAUUCUGGAAUGUAAUAACUUGACCCUGAUCAAUUUAUUGCUCGCUCACUUGGGCCCAAUGACCGAAAGAAACACUACCGUGUCCAUUCUUAUUGUCCAAAUUCUCUGCAGUUGUUUAGCUUUUUUCAUUCGCUAUAAACUUGUUACUCUUGUCUAUUAAUCACAUCAAAAAUUGUAUAUCUAUUUCGUUUGAUAACCCAAGAUCCAUGGUCGUUGAAUUGCCUGUUUCUGAAGUGAAAUUUUUCUUGAUAAAGCGAACGUUGAUUUUUUUCUUUUUUC